CUCCUCGACUUCAACGGUUUAUAAGAAUAAAUUAAAAAUUCAUUUGUGCUACCUAAUAAUUCGAAAUUUCGGAUGCGAUUGUCUAGAACGCCCGUGCCGUCACGUGGCCGGGAUAGUCGUCUGCCCGCUGCAUCCUGGAAGCUCGUCGUUUCACCUACCGCAUGAAAACAGAAUUAGGGCAAGUGAACAAUGCAAGUGCAUAAUCCGGACUACUGACAGAGAGCAUUGUGCAUGUGAUGCAAAGAAUUGUGAGCAGGAAAGAAAAUCACGCCAUUCAGGACACACGUGUGAUUGUCCCAAUCGACCAUGUAUUCAUACUCAAUCAAUGAAAGGACGUAUAAGCUGCGUUCAAUAUCGCGUAAGACAGGCAGGAUGUGCAAUGGCGAGAUGCACUGCUGAACUUGCUAUGCAUGGACUUCAUUGGGAACUGGCAUCUGAGUGCACACCGUGCAAGCCGCGUGCUUUAAGACGACGAUUAUGUAGACGUCAACAAAGUGAUAAUGAACUUUAUCGCAGCAAUAGUUUCAAGUUUGAACGUUUCGAGAGAACAAAUGAUGGCUAUACUACCCCGAUACAUAAGCAAGUAUUUGUAUGCGAUGAUUAUAGUCUCCCCAUUGACUUUAUCAACAAGCGAUGUUCACCACCUGUAUUAGAGGUCGAGGCACCAAACCAAGGCACCCUUCCAAGUGCUUAUAUCGGUAAAGAACGAGGCUUGUCCUCGUGACACAGGAUAACCUCCAGAAGGUGUACCUUGAUAUUGCUUCAAAAUUGUUGUGCUGUCUUCAGA